AUGUUUUGUUUCUUCGUUUUUGAAGAAGCUGGUGAGAAUGAGAGUUCUAAGCAAAGUAGAAGCGAGAAGAAAAGCCGCAAAGCGAUGCUUAAACUUGGAAUGAAACCCAUCACAGAUGUUAGCAGAGUGACAAUCAAGAGAUCAAAGAAUCGAAUGUCUGAUUAUGUGAGUUCUUGCAUCCCUCAGGUUUUGUUUGUCAUCUCGAAGCCAGAUGUUUUCAAGAGUCCCAAUUCCGAGACCUAUGUGAUUUUCGGCGAGGCCAAGAUUGAUGAUAUGAGCUCUCAGCUACAAGCACAAGCUGCUCAGAGGUUCAAGAUGCCCGACGUUGCAUCUAUGCUCCCUAACGCUGAUGCUUCUGAAGCAGCCACGGACAUUGAUCUCGUGAUGACUCAAGCUGGUGUCUCAAGGCCCAAAGCUGUUAAGGCUCUUAAAGCCAAUGAUGGAGACAUCGUUUCCGCCAUUAUGGAACUCACUACAUAG